AUGGGUUCACAUUACCAGGAGUGGGUAGAUAAAGCGUGCAAACAAAUUAUGGAUUCAUUAGAAGUGGAUGGUGUUUCGAGAGUCAUACUUGUUGGUGAAGCUGGAAUAGGUAAGACAUGGCUGGCUCGCGAGAUAUGCGAGCGUGCUACUGAAAAGACGGGCUCAUGUUACAUGGCCCUCUGGUUGAAUCUGAACAAAGAGCUGGAUGAAAGGUCGCUUUACAAGAAUAUAGCUUCUCAGCUGUCCAUAUUUCUGGAGAAGGAAGGGAGUGAAGAGGAUGAUAGCGACAACGAAGAUGAUGAGGAGCAGAAAAAUCGAGACUUGAUGAGGUUGAAAGAUGGCAUACUUCAAAAGCUCAGGAGAAAGAAGCUUAAGCGUGAAGGAAAGAAGAAUCUCCUGUUGGUUUUGGAUGAUGAAGGAAGUGUGACCAAUGAAGAAAAAGUGAUGGAAGCGUUGCACCUUCGAGAUUUUCUUGUUCGUGGGAAGGACAGGCCUCUAAAAAUUCUUCUCACAAGAAGGAAAGAAGAAGCCGUUACAAAUCCCUAUAUCACGGUCGAGUCACAUUUCGAAAAGUCAAAAGACUUUUGA